AUGUCAACUUGCGAGUCUUGUUACAACACUGCCGAUGAACAGAAGAUCGUCUCAUGCUAUGUAUGCAAAAAAAUAUAUUUAUACAAAUUCGUCGGUUUUACAGUUGCUGAAUUUAACAUGAUAAAAAAUAACAACAAAAAUCUCAAUUGGACUUGUACAUCAUGUUCAAAUCAAACUAAUAGUAUUCUGGAACUAAAAUCCCUUUUAAUUUCUUUACAAAAAGAAAUUGAAAGCCCAAAAAAUAAUAUAUCAACAAAUACCACUUCGCAAAAUACUACAUUUACUCUAGGCGAAGUCAUUAGCGAAAUUGAAAAUAGGAACUCUCGAAAGGGUGGAGUGGAAGAAUGCAAAAAAAAAUGGGCUUCUAUACGAGAUCAGCUACGUAGAACAAUCCAAAAGCGAAAGACGAAAUCUGGGCAGGCGGCACUCAAAAGUCGCAAAUAUAAAUACGAGGAUAUCCUCACAUUUUUGAUACCUCAUCUUGGAGAAAGAGAUGGGAUAUCAAAUGUGCAAAAAUUCCCGGAUACUGAAAGUGAAUUAACCGAGGAUCCUGAAUUUUUUUUUCCAGAAGACGGGGAUUCCACGUGCAAAGAAAACGUCCCAAGUCCGUUUAAUAAUAUCAGUGUUGAUUCAUCCUCUUUAAUUAAAAAAUUAUUUCAAACCUCUUCAAAUCAAGCCUCUACAAGCGAAGCCUCUGCAAGCAUAGCCUCUGCAAGCCAAGCCUCUGCAAAUCAAGCCUCUGCAAACCAAGCCGCUGCAAAACAAGCUCCUAGAAAAAAAUUUUAUUCCAAACCAACUGCUCUUAAAAGGAAGAAUAUUGAACGAAUACAAGAAGAAUCUCCAUCAAGCCAGCUUAUGGCCUAUAUACUUUCUGAAAGACGCCGAGAGGAAAAAGGAAACGGAACAGCAACAUCCGGUAGAUGCAUUUUUGAGUGGGAUCGCACCACCUCUAAAAUCGCUAAACCCAUUUCUACUUCAUAA